UAAAUCUAUUGGUAGUGUGAAAAUUGAGCUCAUCUCUGGCCAAUAAUUCCUUGCAUUUGUUUGUGUGCAUGUGCGGCAAGCGAUAUAUAAUGUCCCACGUAGGUGACAUUGUACGACUCUCGUUAUCGGUUCCACACACAGAAGGAAUGCAGCGACCCCUGCAGGGAGGGUGGGGAUAAGUUGGUCCCCGUGUGCGGCACGAGCGGGAACUUUAUUUCCUUCGGUACGGGAGUCAACCUUACAACCGAUUGGGGCGGCUCCCCCUCAUUCGAACCGAUAAGCCAAGGCGCGCACAUACACGCAAAAGCAAAAUAACCGAGCGAUAGAGAGAAAGAGCAGACAUAGUAACGAACAAAAAAAUACAUAUACUGCCUGUAAAGGGAGCAUACGUAACGUGGCGCAGUCGGACGCGAAGGAGGGAACGAAACAGCACGAUGGCCGCGCAUACCAAGUGUAACCGUUCGUGACCGUUCGCGGCUCGCAGGCCUCGCCUUGGGGCCAAAAGUGCAGCGGCCGGUCAGACAGUCUGAUGUCAACAUUUGGCCACAAGCGAUCGGUGUUUCGUGCGUUCCGUUCCGUACUCGUCGUUGUCGUCGUCGUUCCCCCCAAAAGCACACCGUAUAAUCCACGGCCGUAAGGGAAUAUCAAUUACCAGUUCGUUGUAUGUGAAGUGCAGCGCAUUAGUCAUCGCAGGACGAACAGGAUUGAAGCUGGCACUGGAACGUGAUCGCCAAGUGUCACCAAGUGAUCUGUGAUCAUCGUGUGUUGUGCGUGUGUGUGGCUGGGCUUAGGUUUUAGCUCGUAAGAUAUAGUGCACUUGGGACCGAUACUCCCCAAUAUGGAUAUUCAUCAAAUUGGCAAGGAGGACGCACUGCAGGAGUUCCGUCGUGUCUUCACCCCUGAACUAUACGAUCAAAUUGACACCAACAAAGAUGGUUUUAUCGAGCUGAAGGAACUGAAGGAUGCACUUGAUCAGGUGGGCUUCAAACUGCCCGGCUAUCAGGUGCGCCUAAUGAUCGACGAGUACACGAACAAGCAGCGAUCGCAACAUGCCGGCAAAUUGUCCUACGAUGAGUUCGAGUCACUGUGCAUGGAUCUGAAGGCGAAGGAUGUAGCGAGCACGUUUAAAAAAGUCGUCUCCAAGAAGGAAAACCUCGAGACGCUCGGUGGUAUGUCGGAUUCGUCGGCCGCCGGUACGACACAUUCGGUGCGCGUAGAGGAACAAUUGGCGUUUAGCGAUUGGAUCAAUUCGAACCUCAUGCCAGAUCCCGACCUACGCCACCUGCUGCCGCUCGAUUCCGAGGGCAAGCAGCUGUACGACAAGAUGAAGGAUGGUAUUUUGCUGUGCAAGAUCGUUAACCACUCCUGUCCGGAUACGAUCGAUGAGCGUGCGAUCAACAAGAAGAACCUAACCGUCUACACCAAGUUUGAGAACCUAACGCUGGCGUUAGUGUCGUCGCAAGCGAUUGGAUGCAACAUCGUCAAUAUCGAUGCGCACGAUCUUGCCAAGGGCAAACCACAUCUGGUGCUCGGUUUGCUAUGGCAGAUUAUCCGCAUCGGACUGUUCAGUCACAUCACGCUGGACAGCUGUCCGGGACUCGCAACGCUACUGUCGGACGGUGAGCGGCUCGAGGAUCUGAUGAAACUGUCGCCGGAAGCGAUCCUGUUACGCUGGGUCAAUCACCAUCUGGAGCGGGCCGGUAUUGCACGGCGCUGUACCAACUUCCAGAGCGACAUCUCCGACUCGGAGGUGUACUCGUACUUGCUGAAUCAAAUCGCUCCCAAGGAUGCGGGAGUUAACUUGGAAGCGCUCCGGGAACAAAACGCCUUAAACCGUGCCGAAGUGAUGCUGCAACAGGCAGCCAAGCUUAACUGCCGAUCGUUUGUCACGCCGCAAGAUGUCGUGAAUGGAGUGUACAAGCUCAAUUUGGCCUUUGUGGCCAAUCUGUUCAACAAUCACCCAGGUCUAGACCAACCGGAAGAGAUAGAAGGACUAGAAGCGAUCGAGGAGACGCGCGAGGAGAAAACUUACCGCAACUGGAUGAAUUCGAUGGGCGUUAAGCCGCACGUGAACUGGCUCUACUCGGAUCUGGCCGAUGGGUUGGUCAUCUUCCAGCUGUUCGACAUCAUUCAACCAGGCAGCGUGCAGUGGAAACGUGUGCACCAGAAAUUCACCCCGUUGCGCAAAUUCAUGGAAAAGCUCGAAAACUGCAACUACGCAGUUGAGCUGGGAAAGCAGCAAAAGUUUUCACUCGUCGGUAUUGCCGGACAGGAUCUUAGCGAUGGCAAUGCAACACUCACGUUGGCACUCAUCUGGCAGCUGAUGCGUGCGUACACGCUAUCGAUUUUGUCCCGUCUGGCCAACACUGGCAAUCCCAUCAUCGAGAAGGAAAUCGUCCAGUGGGUUAACUCGAAGCUGCAGAGCGGUGGCAAGCGGACGAGCCUUAAAAGCUUCCAGGAUCCGGCGAUCGCCGAUGGAAAGAUCAUCAUCGAUCUGAUCGAUACGAUCAAGCCAGGCAGUAUCAAUUACGAUAACGUGCGCGAAGGUGGCAAUCCGGAGGAGAACCUUGAGAAUGCCAAGUACGCGGUCUCGAUGGCACGCAAAAUCGGUGCACGCGUGUAUGCCCUGCCGGAAGACAUUAUGGAGGUAAAGGCAAAGAUGAUUAUGACCGUGUUCGCCUGUCUGAUGGCGAUGGAUUACGUGCCAAACAUGGACAGUGCGAAAUCUGCACCACCGGUCGCUGCGGUCGUACAGGCUCCGGCACCACAGCGGCAGGAACAGCAACAGCAGCAAGCACUUGAGAAUGAAACUACGAUCAUUACCAACGGUACGAAUGGGAAUGGUGCAUUAGGUGAGGAUGAGGACCAUCAGCAUGAACCACAGGAAGCACAAGUAGAACCCGCCGAAGUGCCACCACCGUCUGCUGCUAGUGAAACGAUAUCAACCGUCUUACCAACGCCGGCACCGCAAUCGAACGCUGCUGCCGUUGAUGAGUUUGCCGAAUGAGCAGCCUAGAUGGAUGGUGCUAUAUACGCCUAGCACGUCUGCAAUGUAGUGUACAGUCGCUGUCAUUCUGAUUCCGGCAAAGUUGUAACGGAUUAGGAAAGGAAGCAAAAGUGACCACAUCAGUCAAUAUAAAUGUCCGGGUUACGUUAGGAAGGGAAGCGUACCAGGCGUCGGGAUGAUGCGCGAUCGCGUGUUUUACGUGUAGAUGAGUGUACGUUCGUAUGUGUGUGUGUGUGCGUGAUUGUAUGUAUGUAUGUAUGCAACGGCAAGUGCCGUGGCUCGGCAGCCAGUUUGUACGUGUGAUGAUUGUAAACUAGAACGUUGUAAUCGCUUUGUAAUCGAACUGCUUACAACUGGUGCCACCGACACCACGGUUGCCGGUACGGCAUAGACGUAACGAAAACAAAGCAUAUUAGCCGCAGAAAGAAGUGGAAGGAAGGAAGUGGGUUCACUGGGAUGGGAGGGUUUCGGAAGUAAUGCAAUAAUAAUAAUAAUAACUAUCAUUAUAAUUACGUUCAUAACUAUAACAUAAUGUAUGGCUAGGGAUAAGACGACCACACGUGUAAGCAGUAGUAACACACAAAACACACAGUGGCAACAGCCGGCUAGAUGGGCGACAUAUUUGAAGUACGGUGUGUGUUAAGCUACUAACAGCUACAAGCGUUAGGAACCGAACCGAAUCGGUUAAUCAUUGUGGCCAUGGUGGUGUGAUGAUGGUGACGACAACACAACAUCGCACCGGUUUCACCGAAGCCAGUCAGCACUUCUUUGAUAGGUCUUUUUAAAGGGCGGAACGAGACAAACCACGCGUUCCGAUUAAAGCACGACGGAAGAAAGAUCGACAAAAACUUAUCAAGACCAAUGUAAAAUGGUGUCUGUGUAAAUUACCAACUUAUCAAUUAUAAGCAAACGCUCAUUUACAUGUAACACGGGCAAAUGGUGGAAUUUUUGUUUUGUUGUUUGCUGCUCUAAAAUAAGCUUUGUCACAAGAAAUAACCUUUUGCGCGGUAUAUGUUCGCGCGCAUGGACGAGCAAUUAAAACUGGUGGUAUCAACAUAAAGCAUCACCAUGCGUACCAAAACGAAUCCAUCUUGCAUUGAAUCCAAAACACUGACAAUGCACACAACGAGAAGGAAUUUAAGCUGGCACGGCAGGGAAUUUAAACAUUACUAUUGAAACUACUAUUGAAUAUGUUUUUUUUUUGUGUGGGAAAUUAUGUUUAUUUCGUUCUUCUUCCAACACCGUUUUGAAUCCGUUUUUCUGUUUUAAAGAGGAAGAGUUCCACUGUAUUGUAUCAAACCAAAACGAAUGACAGCAGUUAUGUGCCAAAACGAAAACAUAAGAACACGGUUACACCACAUACAAACAUGUUGCAGGAAACAUAGGUAAGCUUUUGCUAAACAAAAAAUCCUUAUAUUUAGCGAAGUUUAAAAUAUCACCGAGCUGCGAGCAAAACGAUCAUGUGCAUUGCAGCUUCCUACGCUAUCACACGCAGAUAGAAAUCAUUGCUUAGCAUAACCAUUCGAUCCUUUAAUCCUUUAUUUUGCUUACGUAGUACGGUAUAAUUGAGGAGGAUGGUUUUUUUUAUAUAACUAAAUGUGUACAGUUGCGUUAAUAAAAAAAAACAAUUGCCCAGGAACCAACUUAAUUGGUGAAAAUCAUGAUGAAACUAAUGGUAAAAGAUAUAGAACAGAAAAAUGCUGUCUGUAAUGCAGUAUUAAGUUCAUUGUGUAUAGGAAAGUCAUUUUCAAACAGCAAACAAUGCGCGGAAAGGCCUCAUGUGCAAACACGCAACAAACACCACACAUACGCCGCAAGCGUACAUAUCGCACCUGGAUUUGAAUUGAAAGCUUUAUAGCUGGAACGUUUUUUUGGUUUGGAUUGUUUGUACGGUUUUACCAAUAGAAUAAGUAAUCGGGAUGAUGCUUUGAGUAAGUCGUUUUUUU